GAGGCAGCACGCGUGUGAGCAGACGAAAGAGAGAGGAGGAGCUGAGCGGAGGAAGAGGAGAGGAGGAAGAAAGAGGUGUGAGCAGGCUCAGCAGUGCAGCACCACACGCGCACACUCACACACACUGGCUCGUGGAGCGAGGGAAGGAGAGAAGGGGUAGGAUAGACGGAUAGGUAGAGGAGAGGAGAGGAGAGGAGAAGAGAAGCGGUCCCUCUGCUGCGGUCAUGGCAACAGCAUCCCUGUACAUCCGGACGUAACCCACUGCUGCUGCUGAUGCUGCUGCCGCUGCUGCUUCUGUAGCUUUAGUGUGUGAACGGUGUGUGUGUGUGUGUGUCGGUGCUAUGAGAUCCAGAAAGCUGCAUCGGGGUGUGUGUGUAUGGGUGUAGGGUGUGUGGUGUGCUGAGUGUGUGUUCGCUGCAACUGAUGGACAGAAGGACUCUGCAGUGAGUGUGUGAUUGUGUGUGAGUGAAGGAGGAGGGGUCAGAUAGGUGCAUUGCUGCUGUUGGGGGUGUGUAUGUGUGUGUAUAUGUAUGAGUGUGUGUAUGUGUGUGUGUGAGGGUAGCAGCAAGACAGGUGCAGUGAUGCAAAGAGGAGAGAGAGAAGCUAGAAGAGAAGGAGCCAUGGAGAGGGAAAGAAAGCGAGUGUGUGUAUGAGACACAGUUAGAGAGUUGUGAGUGAGUGUGUGUGUGUGUGUGUAUGUAUGUGUGUGUGAGAGAAAGACACUGUUAAAGUGUAACCUUUGUCACUGUCAGUGGUCUGGCCGCAGAGGCCAAUCCAGAUAAGAAAGAAGGAGGGAUUGAGGGAGAGAGAGAGAGAGAGAGAGAGUGUGUAUGAGUGUGUGAGUUGUGUGUGUGUGUAUGAAUGACUUUGCUAGCAUUAGCUCUUUUGCUAUAGAAGCUGCAGUAGCACAAAUUCAAGGCAAUAGACAAACACACACCCAGGCACACACACGAGGCACACUCGAGCCGAGCUGGGGGUCCCUCAGGGAGUCGUUUGUGGGGUCUCAGGUCAGAGGUCAGAGCUACUGACCCCAACGUGGGUCGUCGAGGUGGUCGUUCGGCACGGAGGCACGCAGUGAAGGAGACGCUAAGAGGGCCGCCAUGGGGGAGUGGACAAUAUUGGAGAGGCUGCUGGAGGCUGCUGUUCAGCAGCACUCCACUAUGAUCGGCAGGAUCCUGCUGACAGUGGUUGUCAUUUUCCGGAUCCUGAUUGUGGGAAUAGUGGGAGAGAAGGUGUAUGAGGACGAGCAGAUAAUGUUUAUCUGUAACACACUGCAGCCAGGUUGCAACCAGGCUUGCUAUGACAAGGCCUUCCCCAUAUCGCACAUCCGUUACUGGGUCUUCCAGAUCAUCCUGGUGUGCACACCCAGUCUGUGCUUCAUCACCUACUCCGUGCACCAAUCUGCCAAGCAGAAGGACCGGCAGUACACCUUCCUGCACGGGCCCUACAUUGACCACGGACACGGCCCGAGCCGCAAGCUCAGAAACCUCAACGGCAUCCUGGUGCACCCGGAUUCCAAAGACGAGCACGAGUGCCUGGAGACCAAGGAGAUCCCCAAUGCUCCUCGCGGCCUCACGCAUGCCUCCACCAAGAGCGCCAAGACGCGGCGGCAGGAGGGCAUCUCACGCUUCUAUGUCAUUCAGGUUGUGUUCCGGAAUGCACUGGAGAUCGGCUUCCUGGCUGGCCAGUACUUCCUGUACGGCUUCAACGUGCCAGCCAUGUUCGAGUGUGACCGAUACCCGUGUGUGAAAGAGGUGGAAUGUUACGUGUCGCGGCCUACGGAGAAGACCGUCUUCCUCGUCUUCAUGUUUGCUGUAAGCGGCAUCUGCGUGGUCCUUAACCUGGCCGAGCUAAACCACCUGGGAUGGAGGAAGAUCAAGACGGCUAUUCGUGGCGUCCAGGCCCGCCGCAAGUCCGUGUGCGAGGUGCGCAAGAAGGACCUGUCACACCUGUCCUCCCUGCCCAACCUCGGCCGCACUCAGUCCAGCGAGUCAGCUUACGUCUGACGGCGGGUAGGGGAGGGGCUUAGGAGGGGGUGGGCGUGGCUCACGGGGCGAAGGCCACGCCCGGUGUUUGAGACUUGAUACUGAAAGUACUGUCCAUGGGCCGGACAAUGGGGAGAGAGGGUUGAGAAAGAGGGGAGAAAAGGAUGGACUGGAAACUGGGAGACACAAGAGAGACAAAGAGAAAGAGUGAGAAAGAAAAGACCAGAACAUUCUGGGAUGAGAAAGAAAGAGAGGGAAACAAGAUGGAUGAACUUUGAGACUUAGAGACAAUGGGACAAAAGGCGAACAAAGAAAGAAAGAUGAACUGGGAAUUGAAGGACACAUGAGAAAAAUAAAAAAAAGAUAUGGAAAAAACAAGAGAGGAAUGAAUUCAUAUGAGAAAGACACUCUUGAGUUGGCGAAAGACUGAAGUUCAUCCCGUUUCCUGGUAAAAGAAGACUGGAGUUUGUUUUACUGUUUGAAAGAACGGAUUCUCAACCCUCUAAACACAAACACACAAACCACAGACGCAUGCACAGAGGAUACUCACACACACACAUAUGCACGGACAUAUGCACUUGAAUACACACAAACAAACACACAAACAUAUAUGUGCACACACACACAUGGACACAUAUCUCCCCAAGGCCCACAGAAGUUUGGAAUGCUGAAAGAGAUGCACUGAAAACGAGAGACUUGUUUGGAAUGCCUGUUUUUGAGGAGAGCGAGAGACAGAGAGAGAAAAAGAGAGAGUGAGAGAGAGAGAGAGAGAGAGAGAGAAAGAGAGAGAGAGAAAGAGACAUAUACAUUUGACCUAUUCGUGCUGAGCCCACAAAUACAGUCUUUCAUAGCUACUGUUGCUAAGUUGGACAAGCUUUACAAAAUGAUGACAAAAAAAUAACUGUUCAGGCUUUUGAGAGACUGUAGCUCACAAUUUAUGACAAGGUUUGUCAAAAUACCUAUAAUUUCACAUGAUAUUUUUUUUAUUUUACGUGCCGCUGAAAGGUCACACUGUUAGAAUAAAUAAGCUCAUGGAUGUCCAGUUUUGGGCCAGACUUAAAUUGGCCCAUAUAAAGAUAUCGCUAUGGGGAACAAUAUUAUGAUAUUUACAUUUACAAGUUUUUGUUUUCACAAGGCAUUUUGUGAUCACUUUGGUAUUGAUCUGUACAUAUGGAUUUAAAUAGGUAAGGUUUAUAUUAUUAUAUAUUAUCACUGAAAAACAUGGAUAAGUACAGACAAACUUCUUAUAUAAAACAAACACAGUCACUGUCACAUCAGGCAAGAAAAUAAAAAGUGUGGGGUGAGGUUGUCAGACGUUCAGCUCCUAAUGAGCUGAAACCAAGUCCUUAAGGGCUGAUCUAAUGGCAUCCCACGCCAAAACUGUUGCUGAAUUAGCUUUAUUUAUCAUCGCAGUGGUCUGCUCCAGGGAAACACUGUCAUGGCAGAAUAAUAACCACUGUUGCGAGAGGUGUGUAUUGGGGUUAAACCAAUUAUAUAUAAUAGUCUUUUUAGAUGCGGUUAGGCCAGCAAAGAUGAAUUGCUUGUGAGCUAACGUGACAGUAACAGAACUAUCAAAUGUCAUUUUAUAAGUAGAGACAUGGAUUUUUGUCGGUAUGAAUUUACAAGCAUAUCAGACAUUGUGGGUAAAAAACAAACUGCAAUCCCAAAACGUGUGUAAAAAAUCCAUCUUUUUUACAACUUAAAUGGACGCAAAACAGUCUAGAAAAGUGUUGUGUUUUUUUGUAUGUGCGAAAAUGACAUAGAGACGGCUAUCACUCUGGCCAAAAACACCUGAUACAGAUCUGAAUAUUAGUUUAAAUGAUCUAUAACACCAGUGUUCAGCUUGAUAAAAAAUUACAAACCUGCCCAAUUUAGUCAUGUACAAUACCACAUACAACUCUACCAAGAUGGAGGGGUAAAGAAGAGGGUAAGCAAGUUCUAAUAUCUGGGUUAGCAUGUGCUAAUCCUGGGUUAGCAUGUGCUAAUCGUGUAAGAUGUCACCAAAUCCUGUCGAUCCACAGUUAACUCCUAACAAAUCACGGGGCAGCUUUCGAGGAGGAAUGGUAACCAAUGUUAUGCCAAAUAAUAGACACUUCUAAACUAGCACCCAUCUAAAAAUCUCUUAAAAUGAUAGCUUAGCAUUUUGAAAAAGAAAAACUCAGCAAUAUGUAGCAAAUCCAUUCACAUUUAGAAUAUGGAAAUUUGUGUAAAAACAACACAAAACUCCAGUAAAGGUUUGUGCAUUUUGUUUUUUUUACAUCAUCCAAAGCAUUUUUACAUUCCUUAUUAUUUUAGGAAAUUCUAAUCUUUGCAGGAUCCUGUUGUGCUUCUCUAAACAUCACAAAAUCCAGAUCUGGCGUGUCAGUGAAACUCUGUGGGUGAGCUAGCUGACUGUGGGAAUUAAUCGUUAGUUAUAAAAAAAGAACCUGCCAUAUGUCACUGCUGCUUUUUUAGCCUUCUAGUGAGCCUUUCUCAUAUCAAUAAACAACAUCAUCACCAGCAGCAAGUAAAGUCUUACACUAUAAAUAGGGUUUUCCAUUUUUCAAGUUUUUUUACUUUAUUAAAAGUGAAAUUAAGAGAUCCUGCUGCUGUGUGUUUAUAAUAAUGGAUCACUCUCUUUCAGUGAGUGCAACUUCAUGUAGCUAACAUAUAUAGAACCUUUAGCUGAACUAAUUACUUUAAUUCAAUCAAUUCUGAACUUUUCUCACUGUUACUAAAUCUUUUUAGUAAGUUUUCUAGUAGUAUUUUUAGUAACAGCAAGAUAAUAAAGAAAUGUUAAUCCAAUUGAUUGUUUUGCUAUGUGCACUUAAUAGUUAAAGUCGUACGUUUGCUUUUGUACAAAAUAAAAAAUAUAUACAAUAAACAGGAAAGAAUGAGAUGAAAUAGAAAAAAUAAUAAUUUUUAGCUAGUCCAAUCUAGAAACAGUAUAUGUGUAAGAAUACAUUUCUGGGCUGAGCACAGGAAUUGGUAAUUGUUAAUUCCACACAAAUGAAUGAAGAAAAUUUCAUGAAGGUUAACUCUCUCUCGCUCCAGUCUCUUCAUAUCUCUGUCUCUCCUCUUUGUGCUAAUGCUAAAUAUGUAGCAUUUAUUUAUAAAAGACAAAAAUGGAUAAAGAAGAAGAAGAAAAAGAAGAAAAAGGAAAACAGACCCUCUGAUAAGCCCCUCCCCCCACUUUUACAGCAGCCGGGCUACAGCACCUCCCCUCAGUUCUGCACAUAAACACAAAUAAAACCACAAACACAAACGUAAACAGCCGUUAGCAUUCACGUCCACUGACGGUCACUUCUACUGGAGCCCGCGCGGUGCUGUCUGUUCACCACUGUACAUAGUUUAGAGAUUAUCUUACGGAGUGCUAGCUUUAACAUACAAAGAAAAAAAAAACACAGAAAGAGAGCAAAAUAUAAAAAGUUAAAAUGAAGACAGUGUUCUUUUACCACGUCUUUCUCAGAACGUAAUUGUAUAUUACAAAACAAAGGAAGGGAAAAUAAGUUUUUUUCUACUACAGACUUCUCACGUAGCCUACAGCAGAGAUAAAAUAAUAAUAAAAAAAACAUGGCAUGUUGUUAAUGCAUUAUUAGAAUGGCUAGACUGUGUCCUGGGCUGUAUUUAUAUAUUUAAAUAAGGGACGUUACUUCUGUUUUUGCACCCUGUUUAUGUGCAGGUAUUUACUCUGAAGCAUGCAUAAAACUAUAGCACCAUGCAACAUGGAAAAUUACGGGACCUAUGUGGAAAAAUAAUGGCUCCAGUAUUGCAGCAAUAAUAUAUAUAUAUAUAUAUAUAUAUAUAUAUAUAUAUAUAUA